AUGAAUAAAUUAUUCUACUAGUAAUUUUUUUUAAUUGUCCUUACAUAAGCUGAAGAAGUUUGGAAAACUGUUUAUUCUGAAUUUUUCUCAGACUCAAAAUGGGAUACAUCAGGUAUUAUUUAAUUUCUAUCAUUAGGAUGGUAAACAUCCAAUAUUUAUGGGGACCCAUUUAGUUUCUGUGCUGACUAAAAAUUAUUUGGAGGAUAUUACGUUUUUGGUCCAUCUUCCUUACUAUCUUCACAUUUGAAACUACCACCUCAUUAUUCUGUAAAAUUUUCACUUAAACUUUGGAAGUAAAUAUAAUUUUGAUUUUUAGAAUUUACAAGGUAAUUUACAAGGCCUGAAGGAUAGGAUAUUUGUGGUAUUAGACAUUAUUUAGCCAUGGAUUUUUCUAUUCCAUUAAGCUUUACUUUGGAAUAACACUAUUCUUAAUCUCUUGUUUUAAUAAUGACUUCAAAUGUAAAUGAGUAUUAUAAUGUAUAAAUUUUUCUAAUUUUAGGAAGCAUGGGGAAUUUAAGAUUUCAAAAUUGAAAUUUUAGAUUGUCCUUAAGGUUGUUAAUUUUGCCAAGAUUAAACAUCUGAUUGUAAAUUUUGGAGUAAUAUUGCAUCAUAUUGGCAAACUUCAAUUAACUCUGAAGGAUGGCAAAUUGAUAAUACUUAACCACUCAUUUCAAGUAUUUGCGCUGGCAUUGAAAUUGCAGGGGGAACUAAUAUUCUUCAACAAGGACAAAAUAUAAAAAAACUCAUUGAUAUUGUUCCAAGUCACUUUAAAGUUUAAAUAAUUCUUAAACUUUGGGUUAUUGGUAAUUGGGAUGGUGAAAAUUUUAUUUUGAAAAUUGAUGAUUAAAUUGAAAAUUCAUUCCCAUUAUUUAUUUAGACUCCUUUAAAAGUAGAAUGUGGUACUUAACAAAAAGUUAAUAUAACUAAUAUUGCUGUAAAUGCGCUGCAUACAUCUCAUCAAAUACAAUUAGAAAUGAAAACAAAUUAAUAAAUACAAAAGGUUGCGUAUUGGGGGGUUUAAUCAUUUGACUUGUAUGUAGCUAAAUGUUCGAUAGGUUGUAAAGAAUGCAUAGGAGAAUUAGGUAUUUAAUGUAGUUCUUGUUAUAAAAAAUGGUUAUAUUUAGAUAAUUAAUGCACUCCUGGUAUAUAUUUUAUUUAUAUUUUAGUUCCUCCAUUAGAAUGUGCUCAUAUGAGAAUCUAAUAAUCUUAUGGUUUAUAAGUUGAUUACAUGAAUUCAUUCCAUUUGUAUAUUGAUGAAUUAGAUGAAAAUUUUAGAGGAAUUGGUUAAACUAAUUUAGUUUUAGAUUAGAGUAUUUCUUCUAUUACUUUAUAAAUUUAUGUCUAAUGUUAAGAAUAAAUGAAAAUUGAAAGCUAUUUUAGAGGUUGUGGUUCAUUUAAUCCAGAAUAAUUAUCAUCUUUAAAUUAUUGUCCAGAUAAAAGUAAUACCUUAUUUUAAAAUGCAAUAUUUUUGGAGGUUUUGGAAUAUGAAAAAGAAUUAAUAAUUAAUAUUUAAGAAAGAAAACUAGAAAUUUUCUAAAUAUCAGUUGUGAAUGAGACCGAAACUGAAAUUUUAUUAAUUAAAAUUGAAUUUUGA